CAGCAAACACUGUGAGCUGAAACACACGGCAGCACAUGUUGUCAUUCGGUCCGUCUCAGGGGUUUAACUCCGUUAAUUGGAUCACAGUAUCCAUCCAUCCUCACGGCACUAACUGACCCGCUUACAGAACACGCAGUUCACACUUGUUCGUAACUACUGUCCGUCCACUACUGUCGCCGGAGCUCAAGGUCAACAUGUUCAGAACAAUGUACCAGCAUGCAAAGAAACAUCCAGGGCUCAUCCCUCAGUUCAUCUUCCUGUUUAUGGGUAUGGGGGGAGCUUCUCUCUAUCUGAUCCGACUCGCUCGUGGACCUCACGUCAGCUGGGACAGGAAGAAUAACCCUGAACCGUGGAACAAACUCGACCCGACCUAUCAGUACAAGUUGGUGGCCAUCACCACAGACUAUGAGAGUCUGAAGAAGGAAGGACCUGACUUUUAAAAGACCUCAGAGGAGCCACACACACACACACACACACACACACACACACACACACACUCUACAGGUUUACUUACUAAACGCUGUAUCCCUGAUUGUCCUCCUUCCACUGAAAACAAAUUAAUUCAGUUCUUUUAAUAGCUAGCUAAAAUAUGAAGCAGCACAACUGUUUUCAAGAUUAAUGAAAUAAAAGUUUCUUGAUCAUCAAAUCAUCAUAUUAGA